AUGCGCCGGGCGCUGCCGCCGCUGCGCGCCCUGCUCGGGGCCGCCCGCCCGCCGCGGCCGCCGGCGCCUCUCGAGCAGGGGAUGCGCGGGCCCCCGGCCGGGCGGAGCGGGCACAGCGCGGUGAGCGGGGCCGGGGCCCGGGGCCGGGGCCCGGGGCGGGCGGGCCGGGCGCAGCGAAAGCGAAAGGGGCGCGGGGCGCGGCGGAGCGCAGCCGGGCCCCCCGGGGAUGCCCGGGGUAUCCUCGCUUCCCCGGGACGCCAGGACGGAUUUCCCGGGCACUGCCGGCCGCAGCUCCUGUCCCGGGGCUGCGUGUGCUCCGGCCUUACAGAGCGAACCAGGGAAACUCCUUCCGACCGCUGCCGGCUCUGUCCGCGGCACAGCACUCCUGCCACCAACAAUUCCUUUAGGCCCCACGUGCUGCCAUCCUUUGGGUUCCUGUUUGACAUCGAUGGGGUGCUGGUGCGAGGCAGGACCCCCAUCCCUGCUGCCAGAGCAGCCUUUGGCAAGCUGGUGAACCCUCAGGGACAGUUCCUGGUGCCCGUGGUCUUUGUCACCAACGCUGGGAACUGCCUGCGCCAGAAGAAGGCUGAGCAGCUGUCCCACCUGCUGGGGGUUCCCAUUUCCCAAGAUCAAGUGAUGAUGUCCCACAGUCCCCUGCGGAUGUUCAAGCGUUAUCAUAAAAAAUGUGUCCUGGUAUCUGGACAAGGACCCCUUCUUGAUAUUGCUCGAGACCUUGGCUUCUGCCAGCCCAUCACCAUUGACACUCUGAGGGAGAAACGCCCCCUGCUCGAUGCAGUUGACCAUGACAGAAGACCCAAUGUCCUGUCCCCGUCUGCUGUGGAGCUUCCCAAGAUUGAGGCUGUGGUGCUGUUUGGGGAGCCAGUGAGAUGGGAGACCAGCCUGCAGCUGAUCAUCGACGUUCUGCUGACCAGUGGCUAUCCUGGCAAUCCCUAUGGGCAGGAGAGCUACCCUCACAUCCCUGUGCUGGCCUGCAACAUGGACCUGAUGUGGGUGGCUGAGGCACAGUCCCCAAGGUUUGGGCACGGAACGUUCAUGGUUUGUUUGGAAAACAUUUACAAGAAGAUCACUGGCAGAGACCUGAAGUACGAGGCGCUGAUGGGCAAGCCCAGCAGGCUGACAUACCAGUAUGCAGAGCACCUGAUCCGGGCCCAGGCCCUGCAGAGGAGCUGGGAGCAGCCCAUCCAGACCCUCUAUGCUGUGGGGGACAAUGUGAUGACGGAUGUGUACGGAGCCAACCUGUACAACCGCUACCUGCAGCAGAGCUGCCCCAGAGCCCGGCUGCAGGCCAAGGCUGCUGCAGGAACAGCCCCUGCCCAGCUUCCCCAGCUUCCCCAGCACCUCCAGCUUGGCUGGGACUCGGAGCUGGCCCCCGCAGCCGCUGCCCGCUGCAGGUCCGUGCUGGUGUGCACAGGGGUGUACGACCCCCCGAGCGAGGGGGCCGUGCCCAGCAGGGACAGCGUGGCUGAGAACGUGUUCCACGGGCACAGGGAUUUCAGCUUCGACCCCGCCCUGGUGGAGCCGGACCACAUUGUGCCCGAUGUGGAUGCUGCUGUGGACCUGGUCUUCCAGCUGGAGAACUUUGCACCUCGUUGAGGUGAGGGGAUUUCUGAAGGACCACUCAGUGCUGUGCUUUUCUUGCCCAAACACACUGUGCUUUACAGGAGUGCCACAAAGUGCUGCCUU